AUGGCAAACUCCCAGUCAGCACGUGUUCCCUUUCUUAACUGGGGUAAUGACUCCCCCCUGGAACAUCAAGAGCAGAGUAAGAAGAAUAUAAUGAGAGUUAAAAUCUUACCGCUGGUGGCCGGGGGGUGGGGCUAACAUUUUUAAAGAAGAGCACUAGAUCUGGUCAGUCGACUGCUGGGCAGGUCUACAUCUUCAUCUACUGCUAUACUUGGAAAAGAUUGCCGAUUGAGCCAAGUCAUGUCCAUGAUCAGCCAAUACUGGGCGGACUUUUUAAGAUCUAUCAAAGUUUAGUCAUGGCUGGUCUGCCUAGCAUAGAUCUUUAGUCUUUCAGUUAUGAGAAAGGUUUGCCCUGUAAUAUAAGAAAAUACUUGCUUUUAUUGAAUCAGCUACACAGCCAUUGUGUUGAUUGAAACACGUAAAUAGUAAUUACGAAAGCUUGUAUGAGAAAGUAAGAUCAUUCACCAAUGGAAAAUUCAUUUAGCUGCCCAAAAAGCAUGAUUACGACCACAGUCGACGUGAAAUGACACAAUUUUCCACCAAAAGUCCUUCAAUUAAGCUCUCAUAAUAACCGUCUGAACCGUACCAGUAUGCUUCUCUCCAGCGUGACGUCAAACUAUUAAUUUCUAACUAAUUUUUUCCCAAUUCUAAGAGGGAGUGGACACUAGUUAUAGAUAAAAGUUAACCGUCUCAUCCUGCCCAGUUUCGUAGUUUUGUCUUCAUAUUCUUGGGCUAUUUUUAACGAAAAUCGUCGGUGAAAGCAUAGCAUCCAAGUGAAUUUCUCUUUAUACUCCCCUCCAGUGUAAAUUCAAAUUGUUUUUUGUUUGUUUGUUGCUAACAGAUCCUCCGCCAGGACCACUGAACUGCUCAAGUUGCGCGGCAUUUAGCGAACAAAGUUGCAUAGCGAUGCAAACUGUAGAACAAUGUCCAGCACCUUCACCAGGCCAGGAAGACUUGGUUUGCUUUACUCAACAAGCAUCUGACUCAAAUACAAACCAAACAUUUUUCACCAGAGGAUGUAUUCUGCCGUCCCUGUGUGAUCUUGUUUGCUCGUCGUUUAAUAACAGUAGAGGGGGAGCAAUUGAGUCUUGUUCAACGGUUUGUUGCAAUACAAGGUUAUGCAAUGCUGGGUCUCUUCCAACUACCCAGGCGCCAACAACAAUGGUUCCGUCAACAACUGUACAACCAACAACUCCACUUGGUGAGAAAUAAAAUAUAUAUAUCAUAAAAUAACAUAACAUAACAUAUUAUUAGCAUUCCCAUAUACAGAAAUGGUAUUGCUUUUAAACUGUUAAUUACCAUUAUAAUUUUAAUAAUGUUUAAAUUAACUAAAUAAAUAGAGAGUAUCAAUUAAAUGUAAUAACUAGUUAUCUCUAUUUCCUAUGCUUGUGUUUCAUGAAAUAAGUUUCUCUAGGUUCAAAUGCUUCAUAGACAUAGUAGCUUCGUUUUUACAAACUUAUGUAUCAAUAUUAUUAAAAAGAAAUAUAACUUUUUCUGAUUCGUUGAAAUCUACGAAUUUGAAGUACUUGGCUUCUACGUCUUGAAAAAAGUGUUUUCUUAAAUUGCUAUAUAAAUUGCAUUCCAAUAGAAAAUAAAUUUCAUUUUCUACUUUAUUCGACGAGCAAAAACUGGCAAAUUCUAAGAUUCUCAGAAAUUUUGGGAAGAUGAUAUCUAUCAGUCUCAAUUCUUAACUUUUGGUUCCUUAAUCGUAACUUUGCUACUUCCUGGCGGUGUUUUUUAAUAUUCUAAUCCACUAACAUCAGUCUUAAAAGUAGAAAAGGAAUUCAAUUUUUUGUAAGAUCGCAACAAAUUAUCAAAUUACAUCAAAUUAUAAUCAAUGAAGUGGUAAUUAAAAACUAUAGCAAGAUUUCUUAUUGCCCAGUAAUUCUAAAAAACACACUCAUAAUCUCUUAAAGCAUCUUUGAAGAUCACGCUACCAUUUUCACUCCGCCAGAUUUUCAAUGUUUUCUACAAUAUUUGAGCAAAUUUAAUGGUUCUAUAUCAGUGCUGAGGUAAUCGAAACCACGACAGAGGUAAGGCAGAGUCAACGGAACUUGGAAGGAGUGAAAAGUCUCCUUUGACUUUGAAGGGUUCUGUGAUACCUUGAGCCAUCAAAGUCGCAAAUCGAGACAGUUUCUUGCUCAAAAAAAAAAGACAAAGCCACUUUACUCCCCCCCUAGUUUUCCUGUCUGUUGUGUAAGGUAAGAAGUAAUAAGGUGUAUUAUUUUCCUUUUCCAGCAUGUGGUGGUGAACUGAUGGGUAAAUCUGGAACUUUUAAGUCUCCUAAUUUUGCUAAUAACUACCCUAAUAAUGUAACCUGCGUUUGGACGAUUAUUCCACCAAACAGAACAGUGCUCUCUAUUGUAUUCUUCCAGCUUGGGUGGUAAGUCAAGCCAUAUAACAUAACUAACUAAGAACAAACUAACUAAUUAACUAACUAACUAAAUAAUUAAAUACCUUCCGCCUCCAUAUUUAUAUCUGAGACGGAUAGUAGCCCCGUCCGUCGGGCCCAUUAUUGAAUAAACUGAGACGAACUACGAAAGGAAAAAAAAUGUUGAUUUAAAUGAAAGAAGACCGCUGGAUUCAGUUCUCUGGCUUUAUUGGUCCUAUGUCGAAAUGUCCAAGACGAAAUCAACCGUUUCAAACAAGCUUCAAUUCUGUUUUAACCCAUCAACGCUAGCAAACCAAAGAGAAAGGGAUUUUCUAUUAUCGAUGUCCCGAAUUUUGCAUCCUUAUUUGUUACUCAAUAUAUGGAGUUUUUACACCUUGUAUUUGUGUUUCCAGCGGAGAUUUUGUAGAAAUCUUUGUGGGUGGCCGUCUUGAGUGGCGUUUGACAGGAAGGAUGUUAAGGAUGAAGUGUUCCCGCUUCGGCGACGAGGGCGAACAGUUUUCCAACGAUGAAGAUCUUAACGACCUCAUAAGUGGUAUCGACAGGUAUGACGAUAAUGGUGAUGAUAACAGUGACUACGAUGACGAGGAUAUUGACAGGAAAAUCGAUUAUGAGCAGUCUGAAGUUUAUAACGAAGAUGACACUGAUGCUAAUGACAAUGAUGACAAUAACGACGUAUAUAAUGAGAACGACGUUGAAGAUGAAGAAAAUGAUCAACUAGAAAAUGGCGAGUAUCUAGCGGACGCAAAUCCCUGGAGUGGAAGGAAGUGGAGGAGAAUGCGAGGGAGCCGGAGGAGAGUGCGCAGGCUCAGAAGGAGGCUGCAAGUUUUGCGUAUAAGAGGAGGCCAGGAAGUAAGAAUUGUUUUCAGUUCCAAUGGCAAUGGAACCAUGCGUGGGUUCAAAGCUUCCUAUGUGGUUCGACGUAAGUGA